CUGAUCAUCGUAACCCUGCUGCUCCAUUCCAUGUGUGAUGGGGUAUCAUAUUCACUGCCUGGUAUCAUCAAUUCUGUCAUACUAUCAUCAAACAGCACGAAUGAUGAUGAUGAUGAUAUUAGAGCUACAACGGCUGAGGCUUCUCAUAUAGCUGCAAUUCCAGGAUUAGGUGCAUUCUUAGGGAUUUUCUUUAUAUCUGUCCUGGUGCAAACUAUUGGAAGACGAUUAACCUACAUUUUCAUUCUAACACUGGACCUGAUUUCCUGGUCAAUUCUACCAUUCGCUAGAAGUGUAAGAGCUAUAUUAAUAGCGAGAUUUUUAAGAGGUUUGGGAGAUGGGUUGUUCUAUAAUGGAAUAAUGAUAAGUGAAUAUGCUGAUCCUAAAAGAAGAGGUUACUUUUCGACCAUAAGAAAGUUAUUCGUAGGCGUUGGUGCUUUAGUAAGUCAUACCAUGUCAAUUUUUAUGUACACUUUUAGAGAAAUAUCUAUAUUUGCUAUAGUUGCCCUUUUGGUUGCAAUAACUCUGACCUUCUUUUGGCCAGAAAGUCCGGCUUUUAGUGCUUUUAAAGGACGAUACGACGAAUGUAAAAGAAAUUUCUUAUGGCUCCACGGAAAUUCAAGUGAAAAGCAAGAUGAAUUGGUUAAUAUGAUGGGAGCGCAAAUGAUUAGAAUAGAGAUGAAGAAAAAGAAGAAGAAUAACAAAAUAGAAACAGUUUUGAAGACUCUGAUCAAGAACGAUUUCCUGAAAGCAUCGUUGAUAGUGACAAUUUUGUUAAUGCUCUUAGAUUUAUGCGGCAGACAUUAUUAUUUGGCUUUUAUCAACCAAGUAUUCUUGAUGUUUUUCGAUGACAUAUCUAUUGCCGGUUACUGUUCCAUCAUUAGUGAUAUGUUAACUAUUGUUAGUCUUAUUAUAUCCAGUUUUGUGAUUUAUCAUUUUAAAAGGCGUACUCUUGUAUUUUUCUUUGGAUUUUUAACUACAACAUUAAUGUUUAUUAUAAGUUUAGCUGGAUUUGUGAAAGUGGAACAUUCUGGAUUAUAUUUGCCAUGGUUAGAGCCAGUUGUGAUGCUUCUUUUAAAUGUAGUUGUAAAUAUGGGUGUCGUGCCUGUGAAUCUUAUAUUAACUGUUGAGAUGUAUCCAUUAGAACAAAGAGGAAUUGGUUUAUGUGUAGCUGGUCUCAAUCUUGUUAUAUUUACUUAUUUAUUUGGUCUAAAAUUGACUCCCAUCAUGAUAAAUAAUCUUGGAUUGCAUACAACAUUUGGUGUUUUCGGUGUUUGUAUAAUAAUUUGCAUGGUAAUAUUAUAUUUCAUAUUACCAGAAACGAAAGAUAGAACGAUGCAAGAUAUUGAAGAUAAAAUAAGAAAUGUAGAUAGUACAAUCAUUGAACUGAGACCAAUGAUUAUGAAAAAGAUGACAUCAGACGCACACUGA